AUGAGUCACUCAUUCAAUGAAUGGAUGCAAUCAAUUCAUCAAUCAGCUAAUAUGGUGAGCAAUACUCGAAAUGUUGAUAUUGGUAUGAUUCCUGUACCAAUUUUACAGCAGUUUGAUGAUGUUGCGAAUGAUCAUGUUAGUAGUAUAGAUGCUUAUAGUAAUGCUGAUGAUGUUGUAAAUGAAUUGAAUACUGUAAUCACCCCUGCUAGCCAUGUUCAGAUUGAGAUUGAUGACAUACAGGAGGAGUUGGAUUUUUGGAAUUCUUCGAUCAUUUGCUAUGUUGUGGGUGCUAACCCCCCAAUUCAUGUGAUGGAAGGGUUCAUUAGAAGGAUCUGGAAAAAGUAUAAUGUGGAUAAGGUGGUGUUAGUGAAGAAGGGUGUCUUCUUAGUUCGAUUCCUCACAAUGGACAUGAGAGACAAUGUGACCUCUGGUCAUUUCUUUUUUGAUAAUAAGCCAAUGGUUGUGAAACCAUGGACUAUGGAUAUGGACAUGGAGAAGGAGGACCUCAAAUCUGUUCCUAUUUGGAUUCAGUUAAGACUGAAUUUCAAAUACUGGGGUGAAAAGUCCAUGUUCAAAAUUGUGAGUCAACUAGGUACACCAAUCAAGAGGGACUCUGCUACUGUGAGUAGAGAUAAACUCCAGUUUGCUAGGGUUUUGGUUGAUAUGCCUAUUUCUAAAUCUUUGCCUGAUCAAAUAUCUUUCAUGAAUGAACACAAUGAAUUGAUUCAGGUUCCUGUUACUUAUGAAUGGAGGCCAACUGUUUGUACUAAUUGCAAGCAAGUUGGUCAUCUGACUAUUGACUGUAGGCAUGCUAAGACUAAGAAAAUAUGGGUGCAGAAGAAACAACAGCCACUAAUUCCAAAACCAGCAGUGAUUGUGCCUGAACCAGAUGUAGAUCAGGAGGGUUUCCAAAGAACUCUUAGGCCAAUAAGGGUCAGACCUACUAGUCUAGCUCCUGUUUCAGUUGCAAACCACUUUCAGAGUUUGGAUGAAGAUGAACACAGUGUCUGUAGUACUGCAGUUGGACUCCUAGAGCAUAAGGUUAAGCUGGCCAAUUUAGGGAAGCUUUACCAAAGGAUUUUCUCAAACUGGUGUUUCACCAAUAAUGCUAGUUACCAUAAAGGAGGGAGAAUAAUUGUUGCCUGGAAUCCUGGAAGUUUCUCUGUGAACAUUCAGGCUGUUACCAGUCAGCUCAUUCAUUAUUUUGUUCAACCAGUGAGUGGUAAUUCUGGAUUUUUCUGUACUUUCAUUUAUGCUUUUAAUGAUAGUCAUAGCAGGGUAGAAUUGUGGAAGGAUUUGAAAAUUCUGAAUACUCAAGAGCCUUGGAUCUUGUGUGGAGAAUUUAAUUGUGUUAUGAACAUGGAAGACAUGAUAGGUUCUCUUGUUAGACACACUGAAAUUGUUGACAUGUGUGAGUGUAUGCAGCACUGUGAAAUGGAAGAUAUUAAAAGUGUAGGCAACUUUUACACUUGGAAUAAUAAACAGCAGGGUGCAUCCAGAGUGUUUUCUAAGCUAGAUAGGGUGAUGGAAAAUCCUAAAUGGCAAAGUAUCUAUGUUUCUGCUGAGUCUAUCCCAGGAACACAUGAGGGAAAAAGCCCUUCAAAUACUUUACUAUGUGGAAAACUACUUCUCAAUUUAGGAGUAUUAUACAAGCUCAAUGGGAUAGUCAAGUGCAGGGAAUUGAACAAGAUUGGUUUCAAUGAUAUUCAAGCUGCUGAUCUUCAGGCAUACAAUGCCAUGCUAGAAGCACAGAAUGUUAUACACCAACAUACAGAUGAUCUUUCUUUGGCUGAUGCAGAAUUACAAGUUGUUCAGGAUUACAAGAUCAAACAUCAAGCUUAUGUAGAUUUUUUGAGACAAAAGUCUAAAGCUGCUUGGAUUAAAGAUGGUGAUGAAAACACCUCUCUUUUUCACCAAAGCAUCAAGGCUAGGAAUAGUCAGAAUCAAGUUUACAGUAUUUUUGAUAUGAAUGGAGAUUGGAAGGAUAACCCUGCUGAUGUGUCACAAGCUUUCUUGGAUUAUUACACUGCAUUAUUGGGUACCACUCAUUCUAAUAGGAAGUCUGUGUUGAGCCAUGUGGUUCAAACAGGCCCUUUGGUUACUGAAGCUCACAAAGCUAUUCUCAAUGCCCCUUAUACUGCUGAUGAAGUGAAAGAAGCCCUUUUUUCAAUUCCUGGCAGAAAGGCACCAGGUCCAGAUGGGUUUGGAGCUUAUUUUUAUAAGGAUACUUGGAGCAUAGUAGGAGAUGAAGUUACAGCUGUUGUCCUUGAUGUUCUGCAACAUGGCAAGCUACUGAAAGAGCUCAAUCACACAGUCAUAACUCUCAUUCCCAAGACCAAGUGUCCCAAGAAUGAAAUGAUGUACCAGUUGGGCUUUCCAGGUGAUUUUGUGGAUCUUGUCAUGAAAUGUGUAACCACUCCAAAAUUUUCCUUAAUGCCAAAUGGCACAAUGCAUGGAUUCUUCAAGUCUAAAAGAGGAUUAAGACAGGGAGAUCCUAUCUCUCCUCUCCUGUUUGUUCUAUGUAUGGAAUAUCUUUCCAGAAUCCUUCACAAAAUGAGUGAGCAUCAUUUAUUCCAGUUCCAUCCUAGAUGCCAAGGUAUUAAACUCACCCAUUUGUGCUUUGCUGAUGAUCUCAUUAUGUGUAGCAAAGGUGAUUUUCCAUCUGUUUAUCUCAUGCUGCAAGCUUUUAAGCUAAGCUCUUUUCUGAUUCUACUGGUCUUCUUGCAAACAAGCACAAAUCUGUUCUCUACUGUUGUGGUAUGCCUGAGAGUGAUUGUGCCAGAAUUGUGA